AUGGACCCCAGCUUGUACAAAGACUUCAAGACCUCGAGAGGACUCAACUAUCACUACCUUGCAGUACCACCGCUGCAAGAUAAACCAUACCUUCUCUUUUUGCACGGCUUUCCGUCGACGUCGUACGAUUGGCGCCACCAGGUGGCCUACUUCAAGGACCUGGGAUACGGCUUGAUUGUACCGGACAUGCUAGGCUACGGGGGCACCUCCAUUCCUACUGAUGUCGAGUUAUAUAGGAAGUCCCUUAUCAGCAGGGACCUCGUCGAAUUGCUCGACGCAGAGGGCGUUGACAAGCAGUGCAUUGUUAUUGGCCAUGAUUGGGGCUCUGGAAUUACAUCUAGGUUGGCGGAUUUGUAUGAAGACCGGUUUAUUGCCUUCGCCUUGCUCGCCGUGGGGUAUUCCCCUCCUCGCCCUGUCUUCGAUUUGGAGAAACUUUUAGAAUACACCAAGAAAGUGGCCGGAUACGAACUGUUCGGUUACUGGAAGUUCUUUUCGGCGCCAGAUGCCCCUGAACUCAUUGAGAAGAAUUUUGACUCUUUCUUCAGCAUCCUGUACCCAGAGGAUCCUAGUUUAUGGAUCACUGAUAUGGCGCCAACCGGAACUCUUCGUGCUUGGAUAGAGUCUGGAAGGACCACUGCCGUUGGUUCGUGGAUCACCGAGGAGGAACGCAAGAUCCACAGCGGCGAACUUCGCAAGGGCGGUUUGACGGGGCCUACCUGUUGGUAUAAGGUUACCACGAGCGGGAUCCAAAGUGACGACGACAAGGAUAUACCAGUUCGAUCUCCCGCGGUUUCGAAGCCCGUGUUUUUCGGCGCGACGAGAAGGGAUGCCAUUUGCCUGCCCAAGCUGCAAACACCGGCCACGACGCAUGCAUGCUCGAACGUCACGGUUCGCGAGUUCGACUCAGGUCAUUGGGUACAAUUGGAAAGGAAAGACGAAGUAAAUAAAGAGCUGGGAUCAUGGUUAGCGUCUCUGUAG